CAAGGCGCACAUGCAGCCCCUCCUGUGAUGGAGUGAGAGGGGAUGGAGAGAGAUGCAGAGAAAAGAUGGAGUUGCGGAGGGAACGGAAAGCAGGAUUACUGGUGUGACAGAGCAGGCAGAUGAGAGUCGGUGCGGCGGAGAGGGAGAAACUCUGCUGGAGGAAAAAAAAAAUUAAUAAAUCAGUGCAACAGGAUGAGGACCUGCUAGUGCACAGCCUGGCCGACCCCACAGACCUACCAUCUGUCCUGCUUUUUUUCCUCUCUGUUCCUGACGCUCCCAGCAUCCUCUAACAUCUGGAUCACCUCACAUCCAUAUGGGAAGGAGGGCCGUAGUGGGGGAGGAACAAACCUAAAUUUUGAUGCUUUUCUUUUCUCCUUGAUAAAGCAGGACCUGAAGAGGAGCGUCAGCGACCGGGAACCCGAUAAUUGGACCAAGCGAGGCGGAAAAGUUUCUUUAAACAUGCUGAGGUGUGCGCAGGACCUUUGCCCGCGUCUCUGGGAGAUUUCCUAACUUUCCAUGGAUCUGUUCUCUCUGAGGACGGAGAGGGAGAAAGUGAGAGGAGGAGGCACCGCCGUCAGCAGUGCUGAAGUGUUACAGAGGUUUGUGCUCCUGUCACCGAGGAAAGAUUUUAUCAUUCUCCCUCCCUCCCUGACUCUUUCACUCCUCCUCUCAUCCGAGCAGCGGGGCGCCUGACGGAUACAGACGGAGGACCAAACACAGCUGUUUCACACACAUAGACCCACAGACAGACGCACACACGCACACAGGCUGCUGUGCCAGGGCUCCCACACCUCCCUUUUCCUUCUUUCACCCUCCGUCACUUUCCUCUCCUGUCCCGUUUUGAUGCCCUGUCUUCACCUCCACGACCACUUGUGAAUGUGAUGCACGCAGGAAACCAGACGGGGAGCGGAGCAGCCAGACAGAAAGGGUUUUUUUGGGGAAGGAGAGAGGCGCACACACUUGCCAUCACGUUGUGAAGUCCUCCAGGAGAGUGUGUGGAUAUCAAAGGCUGCUUGGCAGACACACACACGCACACACACGCGUGCGCGGACGCGCUGAUGAACUCCCACUCUCCCGCUCUCGCUCAGAGACGUGGUCUAAAUGUGGACUCCUACAGGUGCUGAGAGGGCAGAGAGAGGCAGGUGAGGAGCAGGUGAAGGAGAAAAGAGACGCUUUGAGGAAAGAAAAGGAGACGAGAAUGAUGGAGCGGUUGGAGUUUAAGUUGGAUGAGAGCAGAAAACACAGGCAGUAGGCUGCCAACAUGGGCCUUCCCAGGAGACCUCCAUCUCCUCCUCACUCUCCUUGGCCUCCAGUUUUCCUGCUCGUCCUCCUCUGGGCCCCGCUGCAGGCUCGGCCGCUGCUCGUCCACUCCUCCAUUAACGUGGCGGUGGUGUUCAGCGGCUCCAGCUACCAGAGCGAGGUCAGGGGUCGCCUCAGUGGGGAGAACUUCGUCGACCUUCCCGUGGUAGUCAGCCCUGUGACCGUGCUUGUCAACGACACCAACCCCCGUGACCUGCUAACACAUCUAUGCGACACAAUGGCGACGGAGAAGCUGCAUGGGGUGGUGUUUGAGGAUGACGUGGGCCUAGGUGCGGAUGCUCAGGUGGCAGAAGUGGCACAAAUCUUGGACUUCCUCUCCACACAGACAACUCUGCCAAUUGUGGGCAUCAGUGGGGGCUCUGCCGUUGUUAUCCCAUACAAGGCCGACGGAUCCUCCUUUCUACAGAUGGGAGCUUCUCUCGAGCAGCAGGUCAUCUGCAUGUUCAAGAUCUUGGAGGAGUAUGACUGGGCCGAGUUUGCUGUGAUCACCAGCUUGAUGCCGGGCUACGACACCUUUGUGGAUAUAGUUCAGUCCUACACCGACACGUCCUACUUUCUAUGGAAUCUGCAGGAUAUUUUGUCUCUGGAAAUGUCGGUCGGCUCUAAUGAUUUGAAGACCAAACGCAUGCUGCAGCAGUUGGACUCCCAGGUCCUGUUGGCGUACUGCUCCCACGAGGAGGCGCAGUACCUGUUUCGCAUAGCAGGCGAGCUGGGCCUGCUGGGGCCCGGCUACAUCUGGAUCCUCCCCAGCCUUGCCGUAGGCAACCCCAACAGCCCCCCACCUGCCACCUUCCCUGUAGGUGUGAUUGGUGUGAUUACGGACCAGUGGAGGAAAAGCUUGCGGCAGAGGGUGAGGGAGGGCGUCGCCAUUGUAGCUAAAGGGGCAGAGAGUUUCAAGAAGGUUUAUGGUUUCAUCCCUGAAGGGCAUGGAGAUUGCAAUAAACCAGCAAAACAAUCGGACAACAAUACCCUGUUCAGACACAUGCUGAAUGUAACGUGGGAAAGAAAAGAACUGUCAUUCAACAAUCAAGGCUUUCUAUCCAACCCCUCGAUGGUCAUCAUUGCUUUGGACCGGGAGAGACUGUGGGACAAGGUGGGCACGUUUGCUCGCGGCAUCCUUCAGGUUCGCUACCCCAUCUGGCCACGGUAUGGCAGCUUCCUGGAGCACAUAUCUGAUGACCGCCAUCUGACGGUGGCCACCCUGGAGGAGCAUCCCUUCGUCAUGGUCGAGAACGUAGACCCAGGAACCGGCACGUGCGUCCGCAACACUGUGCCCUGCAGGCGUCAGGCCAAUCAUUCAGACAGCACUGUCCAGUCAGAGUCCUACACCAAACUGUGCUGCAAAGGUUUCUGCAUUGAUAUCCUCAAGAAGCUGUCCAAAACCAUAAAGUUCUCCUUCGACCUCUACUUGGUCACUAAUGGAAAACACGGCAAACUGGUUCAUGGUAUUUGGAACGGGAUGAUUGGGGAGGUUUUUUACAGGCGCGCUGACAUGGCCAUCGGCUCGCUCACCAUCAACGAGGAGCGCUCUGAAAUCAUUGACUUCUCUGUGCCAUUUGUAGAGACAGGUAUCAGCGUCAUGGUAGCUCGUAGCAACGGCACAGUAUCACCGUCUGCCUUUCUUGAGCCGUACAGUCCAGCAGUUUGGGUCAUGAUGUUUGUGAUGUGCCUGACCGUCGUGGCUGUGACUGUGUUUGUGUUUGAAUACUUCAGCCCCGUGGGCUACAACCGCAGUCUGGUGAGCGCCAAAACUCCGGGUGGGCCGACGUUCACGAUAGGGAAAUCAGUGUGGCUGCUGUGGGGAAUCGUCUUCAACAACUCUGUCCCCAUUGAAAACCCCAAAGGAACCACCAGUAAAAUCAUGGUCCUGGUCUGGGCAUUCUUCGCUGUCAUCUUCCUGGCUUCUUACACGGCUAACCUAGCGGCUUUCAUGAUACAGGAACAAUAUAUCGACACCGUGUCUGGCCUUUCUGACAAGAAGUUUCAGAAACCGCAGGAGCAUUAUCCUCCUUUUCGCUUCGGGACAGUUCCAAAUGGGAGCACAGAGAGGAACAUUCGCAGCAACUAUCCCGACAUGCACACACACAUGAUGAAAUAUAACCAGAAGGGAGUAGAAGAAGCUCUGGAGAGCCUCAAAACCGGGAAGCUGGAUGCCUUCAUCUACGAUGCUGCUGUCUUGAAUUACAUGGCUGGUAAAGAUGAGGGAUGCAAGCUGGUCACCAUCGGCAGCGGGAAAGUGUUUGCCACCACGGGAUAUGGCAUUGCUCUGGAAAAAAACUCCCGCUGGAAACGACCAAUUGACUUGGCAUUGCUUCAGUUUCUCGGAGAUGGAGACACAGAGCGUCUGGAGACGGUUUGGCUUUCUGGAAUCUGCCAAAACGAGAAGAAUGAAGUGAUGAGCAGCAAGCUGGACAUUGAUAACAUGGCAGGUGUCUUCUACAUGCUUCUGGUAGCUAUGGGCCUCAGUCUGCUGGUGUUUGCCUGGGAACACUUGCUGUAUUGGAAGCUGCGGCAUUCUCUCCACAAGUCUCAUAAACUUGACUUCCUGUUGGCUAUCAGCAGGGGCAUUUACAGUUGUUUCAAAGGAGUAGAGGAUCCUGGACGUUCAUCUGGUUUGGCCAAACCUGACCUGACCUCCAACUAUGCUCAAGCAAACAUGCUAAAGAUGCUUCGCACUGCCAAGGACCUGGUCUCCACUGCAAAUGUUGAGAGCUCCCUGGACAACGCUACCAAGACCAUAGAGCAGUUGACCCGUCAUGGCGGUAGUAUGCCUGUUCGCAUCUCACAAAUUAACACUGAGGCUGUGCCGGGGGGCUUUGCCUAUGUUGCUGAAAAUCACUGCUCCAUUCCUCAGGGGUCCCUUUCCCCACCUCAAACUGGUGUUACCUCUCUAAAACAACACAGGGGUGUAACUAGGCCAACACCACUGCGCUACACACUUCCAACUCGUUCAGCAUCGUGUCUGUAUGACAGACCGCUUCCUGUGUCCAGUUUGAGCACGCCCCACCUUGCUGUAGGGGAGCCGCUCCCUCAUCAGCAUCCACACCACUACCAGACUACAGGGAGGGUCUAUGUAGACUCCCAUUCUCACUCCCCUUUCAUUGCCUACUCUGAUCUCCAGCUACCUGACAUUUACACAUCUCAUCCAGUCGCUUCAUCCCAGAAUCAACAUGUCCAAUUGGGCCUUUCCCAACCAAAAAGGCGGUCUAAAAGUUUUCAGUGUGAGGAUGGGGAUGUAGAGAGGAGAAAACAUGGGGAUCAGGGGAAGAGUGACAAAAGCACUAUCAGUUUGACUGAACUUAAAGCCAAUCACCUCCACGAGAACCAUAUCUCUGGCCCAGGUGUUGACAAUGUUUACUCAGAAGAGGGGAUGUGCCCCCGGGUGGAGAAUUACAGUUCUUGGCCUCCUGAGGACCUUGUACUGAGGGGGCGACGUAGGCACCGCCGCCAUUCUUUUCUUAAAGCAACUUGGGGCAAUGACCAAAUUCGACAGCUUGAUGAAUCACAGUCAUCUCUAUCCAGCCAAUCACCUUCAACCUUGCCGGACCUGUUUCCAUGCAUUGUUACUCCUACAACAUCUGCCAAGCCUUACAAUCCCGCUCAUGUUCGAAACAACCUGUGCCUCCCAAGGAACCAGACCUACCUCCACAUAAGGGAGGACCAGAGGAGGCCAAAUGGACGCAAGGGCCAGAGACUGCGCUACUCUCACUCCACCCACCUCCCGACAUAUGGAGAAGCAGUCCGUAAUGGAACUGGAUUAGGGAGGGGCAUGGUGCGCAGAGCGACAAGCUUGCUGAGCCGACAGUAUGCGCACUAUCUGAACUCAUACCCCGGACUUCCAAUCUACCACAGCCCACUGGAUCUCCAGCACCACAGCCACAGUUCCAGCCCAGUGUGCCAGCUGUUGGCCUGCGGUGGAGGGCGAUGUGGGGGGCAGCGGAGUCUGCUGUAUCCCGACAAUGUGUAUGGAGCUUAUGGGAUCUAUCAGGGCCCCCAGACUGGCUCAGAGACCCAGGUAGGGCAAGGCGGAGCAGGCCAGCCAGUGGGGAGUCCUUGUGUACUUCGGCCUUGGCGACGUGUUUCAAGUUUAGAAUCUGAAGUUUAAAUGGAAACCUUAAUAGAUAGAAAAUGUGGAGAUACGGAAGACGAGAAUAAUAAACGUCACAACUUUGGAAAGCUUUUUUGUUGUUAGAUUUACAGUUAUGUUGAUUUUAAUUGUGUCUUUGUGUGGUAAAGAAUAGUAAUUUGGAUCAGACAGUAGAAAAAGACUGCACUUUCAACAAUCUAUCCUUGAUAACGUUGUGGAAAGCUGGGUUCGACUGGUUUAACUCAGUUGCUGCUUCCCCAUCAACAGUGUUCAGCUUUUACAUGAGUCCAUAUUGUUGGCAAAUGGUUAAACUGUAACUGAGAUGUAAUGCUAUAUGUGUGUUUAGCCUUUUCUGUGUGGAUGGCUGAAAUACAGCACUGAUUGUUGUUUGGUAGACAAACUGUUUACCACUGUAAAGAAAAGCUGGAUAAGCAGCCAUGACUAGACGUCAGACAUCUAAAAACAGUGAUGAAGAUGUGAUGUGUUUAUUACUGACGUGAGGCAAUCGGUACAGGUUUUGACUAGAUACAAAAUAACACCCGUUUUCUAAAGCAAACAUAAAGAGUCAGAGUCAUAAUGAUGAGUCACAGGAAGCAGCCACUUUGUUUAAGUGGUCCAUAUCAACACAAUCUGCAAAACGAUUAGAGCAUUAGAACAGCAUUGACCAGCACUAGGUGUCUUAAACCACAGAUGUCAUUCUCACUGUAUCUAAAUGUGAGGCUACAACAGCACACAGGCCUCACAUUGAGUAAAUUAUGUAUUCUAAGUACUAUAACCACAUAGUCGAAUGUGUUAUUUGAGACUGGUUAAUGGUAUAUUCAUGUAUUCUACAUAUAUUAGGACUUUAUAAUCACUUCUUUUUUCUAAACGCACCUCUUACACAUUCAAUUCUUCUCUGUUUAAAAACUGCUCAGUUUAUGGGAACUUUUGGUACUACUUUAUUAACAGCAUCAGUUAGGAGAUGAUCUGUUUCCCUUUUUUGACUCUUUUAUAUUCCCUCUUCAUCCCUCUUUUUACCACCCCCUCAAAAUGUUUAACUAUCAAAAUAAAUGAGGUAAGUGAAAACUAUUAUAGUAUCUAUAUUACCAGGCUCUUACACCCUGUAAUUAAUCACAAAGACCAAUUAAAGAGUCUUUUUCGAUGAA